AUAUAUCAAUUAUUAUUGUAUUACAUAUCAGGUUCAAGUCUUCGAUGAUCUAUAAGGCAUAGUUUACAAAAAACAUAGUUUGCAUUUUACACCAGUUUACGUAUUCUACAUAGUUUACGUUGUUUACUUUUAUUUAUAUUUUGCGCGUAAACGCACAAUCCCAGCAAACAAAGUUACAGUUAUAUAAAUGUUAGUUGCGAUUUUUCACUCAACAAUGUAAUUGUUAAAUAACACUAGUUAUAUACCAGUUACACUGUUGAGUGGAAAAUCGCAACUAACAUUGAUAUAAUUGUAACUUUGCGUUUGCUGGUAUCUUGGUUGAUAGUCUUUACAAAAAAGUCAUGCGCGAUAAAAAAAAGUUCGUUUCCUUAAAAGUUAGUUCUGAGACACUCAAUAUUAUAUUACACAAUAUCUGAAUAUUAUACAAUAUUACACAGUAUUAUUAAUCGCUUGGAAGUUAUUGAGUUUAUUUUGAAUUAUCUAGAAGAAUAUUAUUGAUCGUCUAGAAGCCGCUUAAGCGUCCGACAGCUAUUCGAACUUGCCUCCAAAUUCUUGUCGAGCCAAUGGGUGCGUCCAGUACUAUACCGCUCACUGGGCGGUUAAGCAGGAAUUAAAUGUGAUUGGUCGGAUCCAAAGGCAAGACCCAAUCACACUUGUCACUUAGCCGCUCAUAAAAUGGUGAUAGUAUAGAAUACACUCAUUCACAUACACAGUCGCUGUGUAAAGUCUCACGUUCCCGCUAACAGCUGACUACUCGACAAGUUGUCGGCUGCUGCGUAGUAGAAGCAAGUUCGCUGAUGGUUCGCUGAAUGAAUAACUAAUGUCGAGACACUUGCUCUCGGUCGCUCGGUGUGGGUGCGUCUUCAGACGCGUCUGAUAAGAGGACUUUCUUUUGGAGAUAAACAAAGUCGGUGUUUUGUCGCAAUCAUCAGUUGCUCAACAUGGCGUGCCGCAUGCAGGGAUUGUUGUUGAGGGCCGGCCGCUUGUGCCGCGUUAAUUCUACGAGGCAGAUCUCCACCUCCGUGGCACUCCGAAACAGACCCGCCUUCAGUUGGGAGGAUCCGUUCAAUCUGGAGUCGCAAUUGACGCAGGAUGAGAUCCUGAUGAGGGAUCAGUUUCGUUCCUAUUGUCAGGAGCAACUUCUGCCGCGGGUGAUCGAGGCGAAUCGCAAAGAACACUUUGACCGAAAUAUCAUAAGACAGAUGGGUCAACUCGGGGUGCUGGGCUGCACCCUGAAGGGUUACGGCGCCGCCGGGGUGUCCUCGGUGGCUUACGGGCUCCUCGCCAGGGAGAUCGAGAGCGUCGACAGCGGAUACCGAUCGGCGUUGUCGGUGCAGUCGUCCCUCUCGACCGGCGCGAUCUACAUGUUCGGCAGCGAUGCCCAGAAGGAUCGAUUUCUACCUAAAAUGGUUUCCGGGGAAAAGAUCGGCUGCUUCGGCUUGACGGAACCCAAUCACGGUAGCGACGCAGGAGCCAUGGAGACCAGAGCUACUUACGAUUCUAAUAAAAAGGUGUACAAAUUGAACGGUAGCAAAACAUGGAUCACAAACUCACCCAUCGCUGAUGUCUUGGUUGUAUGGGCAAAAUGCGAUGACGGUAAGAUUCGUGGGUUCAUCAUUGAGAGGGAAGCUGCGGGAGAUCGAUUAUCCACCCCAAAGAUCGAGGGGAAGUUCUCUCUAAGAUCGUCCAUCACCGGUAUGAUCUUGAUGGAUAACGUGAUUGUGCCGGAGGAAAACUUAUUGAACGUUGAGGGACUAAAAGGGCCGUUCAGUUGCUUGAACAACGCGCGGUACGGCAUCGCCUGGGGUGCGUUGGGCGCGGCGGAGGCUUGCUUGAAGAUCGCUCGAACUUACACCCUGGAGAGGAAACAGUUUAAGAGACCGCUGGCGGCGAAUCAGCUCGUGCAGAAAAAACUCGCGGACAUGACGUCCGACAUCGCGAUCGGUCUUCAAGCUUGCCUGCGAGUCGGUAGACUGAAGGACGAGAACAGAGCCGCGCCGGAAAUGAUUUCCAUCAUAAAGAGAAACUCGGCCGUCAAAUCGCUGGAGAUCGCGCGAACCGCGCGAGAUAUGCUGGGCGGAAAUGGGAUCUCGGACGAAUAUCACGUGAUCAGGCACGUGAUGAACCUGGAAACGGUCAACACUUACGAAGGUACAAACGACAUUCACGCUUUGAUCCUCGGGAGAGCGAUCACCGGUAUCGCCGCGUUCUCGGGAUAAGCGAUUCGAGUGUCCGAAUGAUAAGACUGCCUUUGUACACGCCACGUGUGCCAUCGAUUUUUCUAUUUACGACCGUUGGACACGCUCGUACUGUAUCGCUACUUGUAUUGCCAAUUUCUUUUUUGUCUCUCAUUAAUUAUUUUUAUAAAAAGAGUUAUUUUUGUACAUUUCGAUACUGAUGUAUUAAAUGUAUAUACCGAUGUACUGAAUUAUAGCAGAAAGUACUUUUAUCACUUUUACGAUAGGCUGAGGUCUCUUAAUAAAUUACAUUACACAUGAUCGAUAUUUUUUAAGAAAAA